CCACCCCAUGGCUCUGCAAUGAUAUGGCCAUUUUAUAAUGAGAAAAAUGAGCAUACAUUUGCUGACUCUCCCGGGGCCGCCUGGGCACUGCUCUGCCAGCCAGCAGCGGUGGAUUUACAGUGCCAAGCUGCCCAGGCAGGCAGAUCGUGGGGACUGCAGGAGAAGAACCGGCCUAAUUGGCACAAUCACCUCCUGAUCCUGCUAAUAAAACAGUGGCCUAGUCCCAGCACUGCUCGGAAGCCGGGCUCAGCUGAGCCCCCUGCUCACAUCUACGCUGCCAGCCUGUCCCGGGGAAACAUUUUGGUGAGUUGCGCUUGGCCACGUGUGCAGCCUGUCACUCUGCCUCUCUUUCCUCCUGGGUCAGAUGGUAAGGCCUUACCCCCUGAUCUACUUCCUCUUCCUGCCGCUGGGCGCCUGCUUUCCUCUGCUGGACAGAAGAGAGCCCACAGACGCCAUGGGUGGCCUCGGAGCCGGAGAACGCUGGGCCGACCUGGCCGCGGGGCCCCGACCCCACUCCGUGUGGGGUUCCUCUCGGUGGCUGAGAGCUUCACAGCCACAGGCCCUGCUUGUCAUAGCCAGGGGGCUGCAGACAUCGGGCAGAGAGCAUGCUGGCUGCAGAUUCCGCUUCGGGAGGCAGGACGAAGGCGGUGAGGCCACCGGCUUCCUCUCUGCUGCGCGGGAGAAGACCAGCGGCCCGUUAGGGAACCUGGCUGAGGAGCUCAAUGGCUACAGCAGGAAGAAAGGCGGCUUCAGCUUCCGUUUCGGUCGGCGGUGAAGGGCCAGGACGCCUUGGAAGGAUUUGCUUCUUGGACUCACCCCCGUUGUCUUCACUCCUGCCUUCUCCCCCAGUCUCAAAGACCACGACACCCAGAUGAUGUAGGCAUGGUUACGAUGAACAAUCCACGGUAGGACAGGUUAGGUGUGUGCUUACUUUUGAUUUCCAACUUUGCUGAAGCAAAAAACUAGGCAGUGUCGAAAAGGAGGCUGUCUUGGAGCCUCCGUCGUCCCAGCCUCUCUCUUCCCCUGGGGCUUUGACUCCGAGCAGCCCCCUGGCCCCAGGGGAACGGAGCUGAGGCUGUGGCUGGGCCAUGAGUGUGAAUAGCAGAGCGAGGCAGCGGGCUGAGUGCUUACAGUUGGGUAAUCAAAGUUGUGACAGUCUCUAUAGGGACGACUGCGGCUGACAUCAGAGUGCAAAUGAGUGCAUUCCACUGGGUACAGAGGAUGGUUCUGAAAGUUAAAAAUGGGAAAAAAGAACCCGAUCCCCUUCUCCAUGCCAUGAGCACAAGAUCCCCCUGGCAAGAAGCCCCUGCUGUGGUUUGCCUGCCCCUCUGACCACAGCCGUUCUCCGCGGCCCAGUGUUAGCCCGGCCAGGAGUCUCCUGGCAGAUGCGUUGGGAAGGAAUCCGUUUUUGCUAUAGCAAGGUUUCAUUUCACAUGUUCAAAAUCAGAAUAUGUCGUGUGUACCUUUUCAAAUAAAAGUUGUGACAACUGCAAAACCAUACUGGAAUGCUGGCCUCCCCCAUAGUCUGAGUUCUGGGUGCCUUGCCUUUCGGGAGAUGGAGCUCCUGUUGACUGGACCCAAACACCCCUCCUCUAGAUCCCCGUAACCGGCAGUCGGUCAAAGGGGCGGAGGAACACAGCACAUGUGCUUUUCACUUCCACUGGGCUGCUCCUUCCCAGGUUUCCUAAGAGCAAGGAACAUUCGGAAAACAACUUCUCUGCCCCGGGGAGAGCCCAUGCUCAGCCGGGAGCGGCUGCAGGCCCGGGGCCAGGCAAAGCAUCCGUUUCAAACGCGCCUUUGGUGUCUCCUGCAUCCCAUCCCGUGUCAGAGGCGGCGGUCGGAUGCGGCUCACUCCCGGGCUGGCUUCCGCUGCUGAGAUGAGAACUUACAUUGAUGUUACUAUGGCAACCCCUCCCCUCCUCCUUUCGAGCUGCAGCUUGCCCCUGUUCACAAUUGAAUAAUUUCCCAUUGAGCUGUCACAAUUAAUUGGUGGAUUUUUAUUAGCCUUUUAGAACCACACUGGGCUGGGCCCAGCUUGGCACCUUGGAGUAUUUCACAGUGUUUUCCAUGCUAUUAGUGACUUAUACUCCUCAGUAGCAGCUCUCAAUCCUUGGCAGCCAGAAAGCCACUUCAUUAAGGGGUGACAGAUCUGAGCCACAAAGAACCAACCUGACUGGGGAGCAGAAUGGGUGCUGAGAUGGGAGAGAACACCGGAGUCAGAACAUCACCCGGUAUGAAAGCUGCCGCCUUCUCCAGGAGCUCCUCACCGCUUCCCCACCACUUCCCACACAGAAACUAGCCCCCCAGGCUUGGCGCAUGUGCCCUGAGUCUUAGGGCUGCUGUGAUGGGGACAAGACAAUGAUUCCUGAGGCUGGUGGGGGGGUGGGGCACAUUGUUCUCUUGGGCUCUGCCACUGUCUGAGGACAGAGUGGUUCAGGAUGCUGCCUGCAAAGGGAUGUUGUCACUGCUUGCUAACAUGACACUGAUGGGGACGAACACAUCCCCAGGGUCCUUGCUGUAAGGACGGCCCUGGCACAGGGUGAACGGACAGAUUCGUUCACCGCAGGUGUGCACACGCACCCCAUUCUGCUUGGCUUAAGGGAGGGGGAGGCGGUAAGCUAGAUCUAUCCCUCCCUUGGCUCAUUCACGCAAAGCAGCCAGAGAUGUGCUCACCGGAGACCGGGUGAAACACAGCAGGCUGAGGGCAGAGGGACGCCCUGACGCACGGUCCCCUGGCCACUCGUCACUUGCCAACUUCUGCAAGUGAGCAAGGAGCCACCCACAGCCAGUACUUUAGAGAACACCGAGGCUGAGCCACCCUGCACAUUCCACAGGCUCUUUGGGGAUGCACUGGCUGGUUGUUAAUUUAGCAGGAUUAGAUUAACCUUGAUGGAAAAACCUGAGAUAAAGAACAUGGGGGCGGGGGAUGCCUUCAAAGCAGUGGAUAUGCUGUCAUUAUGCUUUUAUCAUUUUAAAAAACCCAACAAAGCUAUUCUUUCCAGUUUGCUUGUACACUUGAGCUCAGUAGCCCUGAAAAUCCGAACAAUCAAGCUGCUAAGGGCACUGCUGUCAAAUCAACUCCCGCUGGGCUUGGCUAAGCCUCCUCUUUAACCCUGUGCCCCGCGGCCAAGCCCACCAUAUCUGUCAAGGUCUUUGGGCCUCUCAUGCCACCACAGCGCCCCCUCAGCCCUCGCUCUCUCCUCCACAGAUAAGAUUACCCCUCUCCAGGACGGUGAAGGUGAGACUCCAGAAAACAUUUAUUUUGGAAUCAGAGAGAUGAAGCUCCCCUGAGCGGUGCUGGCUCACUCCACCUGGCCCGGCAGUUCUAACUCCUCCAGCCCAGAGCACCUGCGAGCUGCCAGCAUCUGCUCGUUACAUUUAUCCAAGACACAAGGCGGUCUUCAUCUUGGUGUGUAGAUCUAAAGGUAUUUAGCUAUCAAGAUGAAUGGAAAAUAUUUGUCUUUUCCUGUAUGUUUGAAAUAUUAAUACAAAUAUUUAAGAAAAAACCCCAAACAAAACAGGCUCCUGGGGACAGUCAGCCAUAGACAGCUCUUGUAGUAAUCAAGAGGGAAGCCACCUCGUCCUAACUUUGCCCCAGUGCCAAAGACGCUGCUUGGCAGAUUUCACUGAUGACCCCAAACCUGACAUGGUACUUUCCAGCUUCUGGGUAGGGAGCAGGGGCAUGCCCUGUGCUGCUGGUGCUCCUCCAAUCUGCAGCUCCUUGGCCCCUCGGAAAUGCCCUCCCAGAAAAAGAGCUCAGAGAUUUCCCUGAUUACAGCAGUGAUAUCAACUGGAGUGUGGGGGCAGGGGAGCAAGACAUUAGGUGACCCCCAGGGACGAGGGCAGUGCUGACAGGGGCACUGUGGUCAGCCUGGUCUCACCUAAUGUCUUCUCAUACGAGGACGUUUAGAGUUUGCUUCCCCAGGGCACUCCGUUUAGAAAGGCCUCCUGAAAUGAUCUCUGUGGCCCAAGGAGCUGGGCUGGCUGUAAUACUUGGCUGCUUCUCUUCCACUGUGGAGGGAGAAAUCCGGCCCUGGGCACAGUUCUCUCCUGGUCCUGUUGGGGCUGUCUGCACUGUCUACUAAUUAGGCUGCCGUGGUAGGCACCAGCUGAUACAUGUUGUGUGACCUUGGCCGAGCUGCUUGACAUCUCUGAGCCUCUCAGCUUCCUUACCUGUCAGAGGAGGACAGUAACAAAAACUCUCUCAUUAAAAAAAAGUGGUGGGCUUGGCCAGGUGCGAUGGCUCAUGCCUGUAAUCCCAGCACUUUGGGAGGCUGAGGUGGGUGGAUCUCGAGGUCAGGAGAUAGAGACCAUCCUGGCUAAUAUGGUGAAACCCCAUCUCUACUAAAAAUACAAAAAAUUAGCCGGGAGUGGUGUCGGGCACCUGUAGUCCCAGCUACUUGGGAGGCUGAGGCAGGAGAAUGGUAUGAACCCGGGAGGCGGAGCUUGCAGUGAGCCGAGAUGGCGCCACCGCACUACAGCCUGGGUGACAGUGUGAGACUCCGUCUUAAAAAAAAAAAAGUGGUGGGCCGGGCGCGCUGGUUCAUGCCUGUAAUCCCAGCACUUUGGGAGUCCAAGGUGGGCGGAUCAUGAGGUCAAGAGAUCGAGACCAUCCUGACCAACAUGGUGAAACUCCGUCCCUACUAAAAAUACAAAAAUUAGCCAGGUCUGGUGGUGCGCACCUCUAGUCCCAGCUACUCCGCAGGCUGAGGCAGGAGAAUCGCUUGAACCCAGGAGGCAGAGGUUGCAGUGAGCGGAGAUUGUGCCAUUGCACUCCAGCCUGGGAGACAAGAGCGAAACUCUGUCUCAAAAAGAAAAAAAAAAUUUUUUUUGAGACAGGGUCUCACUCUGGAGCUGGAAUCCAGUGGCACGAUCAUAGCUCGCUGCAACCUCCACGUCCUGGGCUCAAGCAAUCCUCCCACCUCAGCUUCCUGAGUAGCUGGACUACAGGCCCCACUAUACCCAACUUGUUUUUGUAUUUUUUGUAGAGAUGGGGUCUAUGUUGCCCAGGCUGGUCUUGAACUCCUGGCCUCAAGCAAUCCACCCACCUCAGCCUCCCAAAGUGUUGGGAUUACAGGCAUGAGCCACCUUGCCUGGCCUUUUAAGAAAAUGUCUAAUACCUUAGGCUGGUGUUUUGUAAAUAAUAACAAUGGACCUCGAAGGCAGGACUCGAAAUGACCUGGAAACUGCUGGGUGUGUGCACACAGGUGCAUUUUUCUGGGGCUGGGAUCCAGUUUUCAUUAGGUUCUCAGGAGGUUUUGUGACCUAGAAAAGGUUAAGAAACCACUGUCUUGGAAUGGCUAGACUAAACUAAGCUCUAUAAGCUCAGGUGACACCCAUGAAAGAUCCCCAUUUGGGAGAAGAGAGGCGUCUUCCUCCACAAUGGCCCAGU